AUGUCGACCGCAGACCCCGCGUCCCCGCCGGACAUCAUGAACGAUCCGCAGUUCGACCCUACUGAGGGUGGUGACAAGUCGCCCGCCGAGGGCGACACAUGCAGGAUAUGUCGCAGUGAGGCUUCGGCUGCAGAGCCGCUCUUCUACCCCUGCAAGUGCAGUGGCAGCAUCAAGUUCGUCCAUCAGGACUGCCUGAUGGAGUGGCUCUCCCAUUCCAACAAGAAGCACUGCGAGCUCUGUAAAACUCCUUUUCGCUUCACAAAACUCUACGACUCGCACAUGCCCCAAACUCUCCCGCUGCCUAUUUUCGCGAAACGAGCUGUUCUACACAUAUUGAACUACUUGUCGACCUGGGCUCGUGCUAUCACCGUCGCUCUUGUCUGGCUCGUAGUACUUCCUUGGUGCAUCCGUUGGUCAUGGAGGGGCCUCUUCUGGAUCUUGGACGCAGGUUGGGCACGAGACCCUUGGCUGGCUAAGAUGGCCCAUGCUGCCCAGCAACAUAAUAGUUCAGCCCCUAUCAGCGAUGCUGUUGCCGAUAAAGAGCCUUUUGGCCUGAGUAUGGGCAAGUUCUUUGUAAACUCCUUGUUCUAUCCUCUGAAGCCUCUAGGUCAAACUGCCAUCUACUCUUCCUCAAACAUACCAUCCGAAGCGUCGUUCGCACCACUCCAUUCUAGCUUGUUGUCCGACGUCAAGGCUGUAAAUAAUUUGACCUCUCACGUCUGGCUCAAUCGAUUCAUUCUCGACGUACUCGAGGGCGACAUAAUCACCAUCAAUGUCGUAGUCGCUUUUAUCCUCAUCUUUUUGAUUCGGGAAUGGGUCGUCCAACAGCAACCCAUCAUCAACGCUGCCGCCCAUAUCCGCGAUGCAGAGAUACAACUGGACGUUGCCGAAAGAGCCGCUCAACGCCUACAGGACCUCGAGGCUGCUGCAUUGGAAGACGAGAGACUGCGACCCAAUGUAGAGCGUUACCGACAUAUCUUCGAACAGCCCGUGUCCGAGAGCGAAACUUCUGAAUAUGACGAAACACAGUUUAUCGGCUGGUACGCUAUGGAAACCCUGAUGGACAACGCUGGAGUACCUCACGAGUUUGAGGGCGAGGAUCACGAGCAAUUCAUGCAAGCAUUUGAAGAAGCUAGUGAGGAACUGUUUGAGCAGCUCAAACUGGCUGAAGAUUCUGGUAUGUCUCAGGCUGACAUUGUCAAGAACAUCUGGGCUAUUCUGGACAAUCUAGGCCCUACAGAGAAGGACCUCUGGCGUGAAUUUCUGCUGAAAGAGGGUCAGACCAAGUACAUGUUGUUGAGCAACCUUCCUGACGACAAGCUUGGGCUCUCCGAGGAUGAGUACCCUGAAGCAGGCCCUGCGCCUCGUGAAUCUGAUACGGAAAGUGUCACGGAGGAAGAUGAUGAGGAUGAACCAAGAAGACGACCAGCAAUGCCUCCGAGAGACGCAUCGUCACAUGCACAGAGGGUCAUACAAUCGCUUGAGGAACCCACAGAUGAUCUUGAAGACGGCGAUCGUAGCGGCGCGGGAGAUAGUGGUAACAGCAGCAAUGGAAGUUGGCAGUCAAUCACAACCAAUCCUCGGCGCGAUCCCAACAUGAUGCCAGUUGGGUACUUGUUCCCUCCGGACCAUUCUACCGAGGACCAUGGGCAAGAAAGUCAAGCGACGACCGCGGCCAAUACGACAACGGGCCAGCAAUCAACAGACUCUCAGUCCGCAGCCCCUGUCGUAGAUUCGGAUAGGCAUUAUUCGGGCGAAGACGAUGAAGUCAUCUUUUCGAUCUAUGAGGAGCAGAGAGCAGAAAUUCCCGAUGAAGAACAUCCCUCACCACAAGAAGACAGUGUCCCUCAAACAACACAGCUUGUUGAACCACGCAAGGGCCCGGUUUCUAGGUUGUUCGAUUGGUUUUGGGCUGAUAUCGUGGUCGAAGACGACCUGAACGAUCCCCAGCCAAGAGACUUUGACGAAGAGAUCGUUCGUGAUGAAGCAGAGGAACCGCCUUUCGUCCACGUUCACGAUGGCGAUCAUGGUUUUGGAGAUGCACAGGAUCCCGAGGUUCUUCAAGCCGCAGCCGAUGCUGGCUUGGACGCGGAAGCUAUCGAAGACGCUGAAGAUCUUGAAGGCGUCCUCGAGUUGAUUGGCAUGCAAGGGCCCUUGGCUGGGUUAGCACAGACAGCCGUGUUUUGUGGUUUCCUAAUCACAGCCACCCUUUGGAUCGCUAUUGGCUUACCAUACUUUUUCGGAAAGAUCGCCCUGCUCUUUCUUGGUGAUCCGAUCACGUCGUUGGUCAUGACUCCUCUACGCAUUGUUUCCAUGUUCGCCGAUGCGAUCGUUGACAUCACCGUCUAUGUUGGUGGUGCAGCCACGUAUUUUGGUGCUCAGAUUCUGACGCAACUACUCACCCUUGCUCUUGGUUCUGUUCUCCGGAAGGCCGGCCUCGGAUAUGUGGAAUCGUUGGCGAACCGCGCUCAUCAGGCAGCAAACGGUGCUGGUGUACGUCUGGCUGAACUGUUCGACGGUGAUGGACCACUAGAGCUCGGACCAUUGGUGAAGUCCAACGAGGCGCACCAGUCCCUUCUGAAUCUGAGAGCGGAAGCUGCUCAGGUAGUGAAAUUUUUUGCUACAUGUGUAUCCGGUCUCUUGUAUCACGCACAGAAUUCAACCGCGUCAGAACUGCGUGGGGUUGUCACCGAAGGAGCUGCACGAGUUUUGCAACAGACCGCGACGAGCUACACAUGGAUCCGCGCGGUCCUUGGAGAAGGCUUGUCAGAAGCCGUGAAAAAUGGCACCUUCACCUUCACAGUCAAGCAUGAUAGUGGCUCUUUGGAUCCCGCACUAGCUAUCUGGACCAACGAGGAUCGGUGUCUCACCGUAUUGGCGGGAUAUAUCCUGCUCGCUGUGAUCGGGACCAUGUACCUCCUUCGCAAAGAAUCACUCUUCAGCUCGCCAAACCUACAGACUUUUGAGAAGAGCUUCACAGAUGUCCUCAAGCAAGCUGGCGGAGUAUUCAAGGUCAUCUUGAUCAUCAGCAUCGAAAUGCUCGCGUUUCCCCUCUACUGUGGCAUGCUUCUCGACUCUGCUUUGCUCCCACUUUUCGAAAACGCAUCGUUUGCUUCCAGACUUGCAUUCGCCAACAGAUCGCCAUGGCUGUUUGUGUUCUUGCAUUGGUUCAUCGGCACUUGCUACAUGUUCCAUUUUGCUUUGUUCGUGUCCAUGUGCCGUAGAAUCUUGCGCAACGGCGUGCUCUAUUUCAUCAGAGAUCCUGACGAUCCAACUUUCCACCCUGUUCGUGACGUUCUUGAGCGCAGUGUCACCACGCAACUUCGCAAGAUCGCUUUCAGCGGAGCUAUAUAUGGUGGAUUGGUCAUCGUUUGCCUCGGCGGUGCUAUCUGGGGCACUUCGCGAUUUGGAGUGUUUCCUGUCCGAUGGGCUAGACCAGAGGCAGAUCUCGAGUUUCCCAUCGACUUCCUGGGAUACAAUCUUCUCGCUCCUGUGGUGGCCUCCUACCUCUUUCCAUCUAAAGGGAUGGAGACAAUUUUCGGCAAAUGGCUCAGGCUUUGCGCACAUUCAUUGCGCCUUUCUCAGUUCCUCUUCGGUGAGCGACGCAAGAUCGAAGAGGGUCAUCUGGAUGGAGAGUCGUUGGUUAGCAGACUCAACCCCUGGAAGGAUCAGCGCGCCAUUGUAAACUCCGAACACUUUGUCAAGGAUGGCAAGUACGUUCGAGCACCCGCUACCGACCAGGUUAGAAUCCCUCGGGGCGACGUAGUGUUCCUGGAGGUCAGUGAGACCGACCAACGAGUGGACGGCACAUACACCAGCAAUGGUGUUCAUAGCCGACAACCUGAAAAUUUCGUUCACGUUUACAUCCCGCCACGUUUCCGCGUACGAAUCAUCACCUUCGUCUCGCUUCUGUGGAUGUUUGCCAUCGCCAUGGGUAUGGGAAUCACUGUUGUUCCAAUGCUGUUUGGACGUCUGAUAAUGUCAAUCCUGGCUCCUCAACGCGUUGCGUUCAACGAUUUGUACAACUUUGCUGUCGGAAUAACAGCCUUGGGAGUGAUGCUCCAAUCUAUGUUCAAUGGACGAAAGGCAGUCAAGAGUCUCAAGCAAACGACUUCUAGACAGAAUUUGGCUGCUAUCAGUGCCAACGUCAGGAAGCAGACCUGGCGUUUAGUACGAAGCGCUUAUGUGUAUGGAUUCGCCGUCGUGAUUGUUCCGACUCUUUUCGCCCUUGUCUUGGAACUUUACCUCAUUCUGCCACUUCGCACUUACAUGGGCCCGACAGCGGUAACCCACAAGACGGAUAAUAUCACUUCAGACCACAUGCCCGGAGCUCAGGUCACCUUAGCCAAUACGACGCUCACGAACUUUACGGAGACGCAAGUUGCACAGUUGGCAGUGGCAUCGCAUACUUUCCAUAUUCUCCAAGACUGGACACUCGGGUUCAUCUAUGGAAGAGUGGUCCUGCGUCUGCUGCUCCUGUCACGCAACUCCCGGCCAGCCGCAGCGAUGCGAGCGAUCACUCGCGAUGGGUUCACCAAUCCCAACGUCAAAUUAGCAACACGUGCGUUCGUGUUGCCAACACUACUGCUGUUCUCAAUCGUCUUGAUCUGCCCUCCGUUGAUUGCAUCGUUCCUGGAUGUCACAAAUUUGAUAUCUGCCAGUGUUCGUACCAAGGUUUACCGCUACAGCUAUCCGAUAUGCGCCAGUCAAGCACUGGGCUUAUGGUGUACAUGGGAAUUGAGCGAGGGCAUGCGUCGCUGGAGAGGUCGCAUCAAGGAUGAAGUGUAUCUUAUCGGAGAGCGACUGCACAACUUGGGAGAGAGGAAGCCACCAGAGGGCAGCAAGAGCGUUGUGCGCAGACAUAGCUAG